AUGCAACUUGUCGGAAGGAGGAUAGAAAAAGACGGAAGCGGUUAUGUGACUCUGGUCCCGCAAGAUGACGAAGAUAUGUGGCACAUCUAUAACCUAAUUCAAGAAGGAGAUGAUGUUCGUGCUGCGGCAGUCAGACGAGUUCAAUCUGUGACGAACACCGGUUCAACCUCUUCAGAACGAGUCCACCUUCACCUUACACUACGAGUAACGAAAGUCGAAUUUUCAUCCUCUAGCUCAUCGGCGGCGGGAGCCGAUGCGGCACAACCCUCCAACGGACCAGCCAUCCCCACAGCGACCUUAUCUAUCUCUGGCCGCGUCUCCGAAGAGAACAGGCACGUCAAGAUGGGCGCAUUCCACACACUCGACCUUGAGGCUCACAGAAACGUAAAGAUUAUAAAAGAGCACUGGGAUAGUAUUGCUUUGCAGCGAGUGGAAGAAGCUAUCGUGCCGGGGAGAGGUGCGGAAGUCGGAGCGAUUGUCUGUGGCGAAGGGACUGCGGCAAUAUGUCUACUCUCGGAACACAUGACGGUCAUCCGGCAACGUAUAGAAGUACCAGUCCCUCGAAAACGAAUGGGUUCGUCUACCCUGCAUGAAAAAGGCCUAGCCAAGUUUUACGAAGCACUCUAUGCGGGAUUCCUUCGCCAUAUUCCAGUCGAGUCGCUCCGCGUUAUCGUCAUCGCCAGUCCGGGAUUCACAAAAGACUCCGUGUAUGACUACAUUUUUCAGGAAGCUACGCGUACUUCCAACAAGACGAUCCUCCAAUCCCGGCACAAAUUUGUCCGAAUUCAUGUUACGAGCCCGCAUGUGCACAGCUUGGUCGAUGUACUCAAGAGCCCUGAGAUUAACGUACAACUAAAAGAAACAAAAUUUGCACGAGAAGGGAUCAUGUUGGACAAAUUCUUCAAGAUGCUAGGGAGCGAUGAGGCGCGCGCGUGGUAUGGCCCGGACCACGUAGCAUUGGCCGCAGACCGAGGAGCGAUCGGCACAUUGCUCAUUUCAGAUGAACUCUUUAGGUCAGGCGAUGUGAAUGAGCGCAAAAAAUAUGUAGCGCUUGUCGAGUCGGUUCGCGAAAAACGUGGUGAAGUGCUCAUCUUCUCGAGCAUGCACGAAACCGGACAACAACUGAACCAAUUAACGGGAGUUGCAGCAAUCCUGAAUUUCCCACUUGAUGUUGAGAUGGUUGAAGCCGAAGAGCAAGCUGCUAAAGACGAGGAAGAAGCUCGGGCGCGCGAAGAGGCUGAAGGUGUCGGCCAGGGAUAA